CUCUGAGGAGAUGGCCAAUGUUGAUACGUGUAUAUAUGGGUUCCCGACUGCAUAUCAAAAUGUCCCCGUCUGAAGUACGGCAGGUCAAAAGACCACGAGUAUCUCUUAGCUGCAUUGUCUGCCGCCGGCGCAAAGUCCGAUGUGGCCGCGAACAUCCGCGAUGUGCCAACUGUGUUCGGAUGAAGGAGAAGUGUCUCUACAAUCCCACAACUCACAAUGAGCUCACAGGCCAAGGGGAUGAAUAUACCACAGCGGUUCAGGACAAGAGCAUAAAGGGUCAGGAGUCCCACACGAAAGAGCUUACCUGGGCCCACUGGGUGCCUGGCGGGACCAAGAAUACAAUAUAUGCGGGCGAUGAGCCACGUCCUCCUUCUCUGACUGGCGCUCCGGCUGCGGGUUCGCAAUCACGGUUAACACGGGCAACCAGAAAACAGGCUGCUAUGGACAACAUUACAAUGCCAGACUCAGAGGACGCUAUCAAGCUCCCGGUCGGCCAGGACAUCCCUACAGAAGUAAGGAGGCGCACGGCAAGCGUACCAGUGCCCCUCGCAGUGGGAUCACCUUCAGCAUCGAGCCCAGACGCGCCCACAAACCCCCAAGAUGGGUAUCUCAGCCUGAGACGGGGCGGUGGGUCUCGUUACAUCGGUCAAACCUUUUGGGGCUCCGUUGCCGGACGUGAACACAUGAGUGACGGCUUCUUCGAGGACAAUCGCGACGCCGAUCCUGAGCUUCCCCCUUUGCAUAUUUCCUCCCUGGGUAUGGCGAAGCUCUUACGGUCACUACCCACCAGGGCUGUGAGCGAUGCUUUGCUCGAAGCCUUCUUCCUCGCGGUUUGGCCCUUGGCUCCUCUCGUGCAUCGCCCUACCAUAAGGGCAGAUUAUGAGGAGUUCUGGAACUGGUGUCGCGAUAACAAGAACAGUCUACCUCCACAGAAAAUCCGCGAUGACCCGACCUUUUUCUGCCUGCUCUUCGCUGUCUUAUACUGCGGAGCAUCUGCCGCACCAGCCGCCAGAUGGACAUCCCCUGAGCUCAGGGGUCUACAGAGGGAAACCACGAUACAGAGCCUCAAGGCGGCCUAUGAGAUGAGUCUGUCUUCAUCUCAUCACCUGGAACAUCCGACAUUGAACACCCUAGUUUCGACGCUGCUAACCUGGCCGUUUCUGGAGUGGCCGCGUGAACCGAUUGGGGAGGCGGUUGCCCUUAGCACCACAGUACGACUUGCCCAGAGUAUGGGGUUGCAUCGGGAUAGUGCUUCGUCGUCUGCACUCAGCCCUGUAGACCGAGAGAUCCGGUGUCGCGUUUGGUGGUAUAUCGUCCGAUUUGAUGUUCAGUCCAGCAUGUCCUCUGGACUGCCUCUUUGUUGCGGGAGCGAGGCGCUGGAGGCUGUGAAUAUGUUAAAUGAUACACACGACGAAGAGAUCGGCAACCUGGGCCCUGGGCUUUUGAAGCAGUCGAUUGCCAUCAUGUUUGCUGUUGGGUGCGCGGAAACGGUUCGCCUGUCCUCGAAGAUAAUCGCACUUCUACAAAGUGGACGGGGCUUGACACGAGAUGCAUUCGCAGAGCUUGUAACCGCCGCAAAAGAGCAUCACGAGAAGAUUGACGCACUUAUUUCCCGUAUACCAUCGGGAGGGAUCCCCGAAAGAGGGUUCAUUCCCUCCCGGCUAACAAAUACAUCUCCAUCCACACACCCCGUGCUUUAUAGGGACGAUGCCACGGAGCCCACUGUUCUCGGCGCGUGGAUGCGCGCUGUGCUGACCUUGCUGAAAUUCGAUGUCGCCGUCUUACUGCACAAGUCAUUCCUGCCGCCGCCCGACAGUUCAAACCCGGAAGCCUGCAACGCAUGGACAAGCAUGCUGCAGCUUUGCCUGAGCUACUUUCGCAUUCUGCUCCCAAUCUAUCAAGCCUCCGCAUUCUCCCCAUAUAUAUGGUUCCACCGGAGCUAUGUCGGGCCUCUCCAAUGCCUAUUCCUUACCCUCGUCUACCUGGAAUCCUUCAAGGGUGCGCACUUGAAGGAGAAGCUGGUGGCCCGAUACUAUGUUGACGAGAUCACCGAACACGUGCUGGAUCUCUACCAAACCGUACGGCCUUCACUAGCAGACGAGAGACCUGAUUCUAGAUUAAAAGCCGGGCCGUCAAGGGGAGGGUUGCCAGUCGCCAUCCAGACUCUUGUCGACCUUCACAGCCGCCUCAAUUCGAGUGCCACUACUCCUCCGCCGAUGACCACUGGGACCAACCCGGCCUCUGCAAACAGCAUGUCUAUGGCGGAUGAUUUCUCCAUCCUCUUCGCCCACCUCACAGAGCUGUCAUCGUCGCUGAUUGAUCAAUGAAAGGAAUGGAUACCCAUCCAAUGAGCGUAAGGAAGGCGCGGACAGCCCCGGGACGGAGGGGGUUACUCGGUCCUUUUUGUACUCUACAUCUUUCUGAGGAGGAAGAUGUGACCGCGGAUUGUACCUUCCGUUUUGAGCCACUGUACGGAUAGCACCUACCUUCUACCGUUGAGGAAACGGGUUGAGGAAACGGAACCGGUCGUUCCUUCCUUAUGUCUGUUAUUCCAUACUAGGGGGGACGCUUCAGAGCAAUGUAAUCCGCAGCCUCCUUUCAAUGUCGUCUAGGAAUGAGAACGACUGGCAUAAUACUAGUCCUUGGCGUUACCAGGAAUCUUAUGUAGUAGUCUGUUCUUCUCCGAGACGGGCACUGGGAGGACCGUGGACGACUCGCAUCAUGGGUGUUGAAGGCAGCUUGAUAUUCUACUAGGCGCAUGUUCACUAGCAAGAGAGAAAAAAAUCACUGAUACUAAUUAUUUGAAUACAACAGGGAGCGUGAUCAACCUGCUCAUCUCUGCUAUCGUCUCCUCCCACAGUUUCUUUUGCACCUGCUGGCCCGCCGCCGAGACAAUGUACGGUGCUUUCCUACCGGAGAGGUUAGCCAUCGCAUUCAUGACAUAUGGAGCA